AUGCGUGACUUUGUAGCUGAAUGUAUGGGAGUACGUGUGACUGAGGAUCUGGGGCGAUACCUUGGCUUUCCAUCUGUGUUGGGCAAGAAUAAAACUGCCAUCUUCCGGUUUAUUGAGCAAAGGGUUCGUGAGCGAAUAGGUGGCUGGCAACAAAAACUUAUCUCAAAGGCAGGUCGGGAAGUAUUAAUUAAAAGCAUCGCUCAUUCCUUACCAAUCUUUACUAUGUCUGUUUAUUUACUCCCGGGGCAUACCUGCAAUGCAAUUGAAAAGACUUUGAACAGAUAUUGGUGGAGUGGAGGUGAUCGCCAGAAGGGUAUACAUGGGCUCAGCUGGUCUCGUUUGAGUGCGCCAAAAACGUGUGGAGGUUUGGGGUUUAAAAAGAUCCGUGAAUUCAAUAUUGCUUUGUUAGCUAAGCAGGGAUGGCGAUUGUUGACUACUCCAUCAUCGUUAGUCGGUCGUCUCCUGAAGGCAAAAUAUUUUCCUAGCUGUGACUUCUUGGAUGCUCAAAUUGGCAAUAACCCGAGUUAUAUCUGGCGAAGAGUUACUGAACUUUAUGAUGCUACAGUUAGUUCUUUGCUUGAUGAGCAAGGUAAAUGGGACUUAGAGAUUUUACAUGAUCUGUUUAAACCUGAAGAUGUUCCUAGAAUCCUUGCAACUCCCAUUUCGCUUGCGCUAUCUGAUUCUUGGAGAUGGAGAAGGGAUAUUAGAGGUGUCUACACGGUCAAACAUGGUUACCAACUGCUUACAAAUCAGCGCAUGGAUGUUGGCCAGACUGCUGCUUUCUCUGCUUGGGAUAAACUUUGGAAACUCCCAGUUUCGCCAAAGGUUAAAAACUUCCUUUGGAGGUGUGCUCGUAACAUCGUUCCGGUUCGGGAAGUUCUUAAGCAGAGGCAUGUGUGGAUCGGUGGGGGGCUGCGCUUUAUGCGCUAG